AUGCCUCCAAAGGUUCGCGAAGGCGGCAUGGUCACCAGGAGGCGGCUUCUGCGUGUCACGCGCGUUGCCGUGCCACAGCCCUUCCCGUUUGUCCAAGGCGUGCUGAAGGUUUGCGGUGUCGCCGACAGCGCAGGCGAGGAGUCCGCCCCGCUCGCCUCGGGAGAAGCCGGGGAAGAAGCGAGUGCGGACGAAACAGACGAAAUCAGUUUGGGGGACGAAGAAGACGAAGACGACGAUGACGACGAUGACGACGAUGCCGAUGAGAAUGAGAACGUCGACCUUUCUUCGCUCUUUGGCUCUUUCGGCGGCGGCGCAGGUUUGGGCGGCGGCCUCGACAACUUGCAAGGCCUGUCAGGGCUUUUCGACAACCUCGGUUCAGCAGGCGGCAGUGGCGAUCCUAACCUCGGCAAUCUGGCAAACUUGCUUCCUGCUCUGGGGAAGAUUGGCAACGCGAGCGGCGAGGAGAAAGAGGACUUCGCAGAGCUGCUGAACAAGGCCGCCGCGCAGCAGAACUCGGGAACCAACCAGGUGUCUCCGGAUUUCGUGAACCAAAUCUUCUCGAUGAUCUCGAAAAACAACACUGCACUCAACGACAUCAUGACAGAAUUCAUGCAGGAUCCGUACAUGGACGUCAAAGAGAUCGAACGGCCGACAAUCGAUCCGCAGGUUUUCGCGAACGCACCGCCCGACACGGCAGUCAGCACGAACAAAGACGGCGAGGCAGCCGAGAGUUCCACCGCAGAGACUCCGAAGACGCCCGCAGCGACGGGUCCCCCAGAGAUCGUGCUGUCCAAAAUCAAAGACUUCGUGAAGAAGCCUGGAGACAGCGAGGCGGAAGGGGCGGCAACUGCUGACCCAUUCGCCGAGACGAACGAAGACGGAGCAGUCUGCCGUCUCCUCGUUCUCUCCGGAGGAGGCGCAAGGUCUGCGUUCCAGGCAGGCGCCGUCGUGGGACUCGCCGAACAGUACAAGGCGCAGGGACGCGAGCUGAAGUGGGAUGUCGUCGCCGGCGUUGGGUUCGGGGGCGUACAGGCAGCCUUCGGCCUUCCCUUCAAACCGGGACAGAACGGAGAGCUGGACUACGGCCAGAGCCUCUGGAGGUUUUGGCAGGGGUUGAAGGAGGAGGACUUCAUGCGGUGCGAGAACGGGAUGAAGGAUUUGAUGGACAUUCGCGCGACGAUGAAGUGGAUCCAGAAGUCUCAAAAGUACGCGACGAACGUGGCGAAGAUGUUGAAGGUUCCCCUUCCGCACUCGUGCGACACCGCGCGGCUCGCAGCCACGCUGAGGUCUCAGAUUUCCCAGUUGGCGAAAAAAGAAGUCUCAGGCGACGCGUCCGAUGCAGACGAACCGCGAGUUGCCGUCCUCACUGCGAGCAAGCUCGGAGGCGGCCGACACUCGUGGACGUUGCGCCCGUCGCACUUGGAGACGGAUCAGUGCAAGACUGGCGACGCCGGCUCGGUGUGCACCGAGACGCAGGAGUCUCCAGAGGACGCCGCAGCCGCCGAGUCGCGCACGCCGCUCAUGCUCGCCUUAGAAGGCACGACGGCGAUCCCUGGGACUUUCCCGCCGAUUCCGUUCAAGAACGCCACGGGGAAGCUCGAGGGUUUGAUUGACGGAGCGGUGAACACGUUUCUGAACGUCCUGCCUGGGUUAAGUGCUUGCCAAGACAGAGUCAGACGUAGCCCGAAGAAUCCCUUUUCCGACGAAGAGAUCGCCGGGGGCAAGGGCGUUUCCGUCGACUUUAUUCUUUCCGUCGAGGCUGACAAACCCAACACGGAGGGGACAAUGACCGACGAAGACAGCGAAGCCGAUGACCUGUUCGACAACACCGGGGUACCCCUCGAGAACAUUGCUCUCCUGAAGGAGAAAUUCCCGGCCCUCACGAUUCGCCACGUCUUGGCGCCAGAGGAAUCCUACGAGCUUGCCCACGACCUCAUGGACCUACGCAGCAUUCGAGCGCUGCUGGAACUCGGACGCGUCGCGGGCUGGGGCGCUCAACUGUUUGAGCCCGUGAAAGAAGACUCCGCGUCUGACGAGUCCUAA